CUAAAUAUAGCUGCCUUAAAGUCAGACAGGAUUGCAAGGGAGGCUUAAAACUACUGCGAAGAAACACGGAGACUUAAGUGAAUUUUAAUAAACACUUUGUAUGUUCUGAGGCAUUUUGGGCCUUUGUGUAAUGCAAGGUUGUUGAACUAAUGGACUGACACUCUGGAUUAAAGGACGGACUGGCCUGUUGUGAAGACCAUGGUGUUAAUCAGGAACCAAGAGGCAUUAUGUCAGUAAUGCAGUCUUAAUCACCACAGAUAUUUCUCCAUACGUUUACGUCAAGAAAAGUUCAAUAUAUUGUUCAACGGGUGGUUACAAGUUGCUCCAGCAGAAAUGAUAUGCAACUUGUCUCUCUUAGUUGUCUUCAGUCUUUUUGUGUCUCAGUGCCACGGUGGCUGUUCGGAGGUGGACUCCCUGACUGAAGCCGUGGCUGGAGAAGGAUUCCUGCUGGGCUGCAUCUCCUGUAAGAAAAGAGAGGAGGUGUCUGCCCGAGCUACUGUAGACUGGCACUUUAAACCGCUGGGAGAGGAGGAGUUCAGUCAUAUUUUCCACUAUGACCAUCCCAGUGCUAAUAUUCUCCAAGAAGAUUUCAGCAACCGUCUGGAGUGGCAUGGGACACUAAACAGUGAUAUUCAGACAGGAUCCAUUUACAUUAAUGACGUCGUCUUCAAUGACACAGGGACGUACCGCUGCACCAUCCACCGCACCCUCUUCCUGCCGCAGUAUGAUGAGCACGUCACUGUGGAGAAGGAGGUGGAGCUCAGUGUGGUGGCUGUAGCCAAUCGGGAGCUGACUGCGGUGAUCUCAGAGAUCAUGAUGUAUGUGCUGAUCGUGGUUCUGCAACUGUGGCUAAUUGUGGUUCUGGUCUACUGUUACAACAAGAUUUCGGAGGAGCACGAAGCUCGGGAGGCCCGUAAAGCUCUCAAGGCUCAGACACAGCCGUUAGAAUCAAAAGACAACUGUGACGGGGUGCAGCUGGAGUAACAUUAAUGGUAAAAAGAUCAUCUCUGCAAAGGCCACGCUUAACCACCAUAACAUGAUUUUGCCAACAAAGACACAUCUACUGUACAAGAGGUUGAUUUUAAAUGGCUUGGUCGCGCUCAGUCAUUUAUGAAAACUGUAUGAUUAACUGUAAAUACAAGCUGAGGUGCAGAUGGCAGUAAGCAGGGCAGGUUUCUUUUACAUGUCAGUGAAACAUAUCAAUGGGACAGGUCUAACAGGUCUGACACUAUUAUGCACCCCGGCUGUAUCUAGGCUAACAGCUAACAUGCUAACUAUUAUUUUUAUGUCACUAGUCACUUGAAACAAAUUUAGGACGAUAGGAGACAGGUUGAAAUAAACCGAAAUUUCCCUUUAAACACUUGAAAGUUUGUGUAUUUGUUUAAAACACAAGUAUUUAAAGGCAACUGGCCUUCAAAGUAGGGAAUCCAAUUCAUGAUUUUUUUUUGUUUAAAUAUCUUUAAAUAAUCAGAUUUAUUAAUUUUAAGUCCAUAAAAUGUCAAAUUACCAGAGCCCAUAAUAGUGUUUUAUAGUGUUUUUUACUGUUUGUGUGAUGUCCAAACAACACAGAAGGAUUCAGCUGAAAACCAUGAGACGUGCAGAGAUGCAACAAAAUCUGUGAUGCUGUUACUGUAAGACAUGAACAGUUCAUCAGUUUUCCAGAUAGGCAUCGAAAUGAAUUGUCUGUUAAUAAACUGAUAGAAUGACUGAUGUAGUAAUUCACAGCCCUGUUAGCAGAGGAAAAUGUUGGCAUUGCACAUUUAUGCAAAUUAAGGAUAGUUCACAUUUGUACAUUUUAUGCAGAUUAUAUCAACGUUUGUAAAGUGAUGUAGCUCUGAUUACAUGUAUGAGUUGACUUUGUCAUCGGGAAGCGGAGGGGAUGGUGGACAGAGUAAAACCUCAGUGAGACGACCACUUGAGACCAUGGUUCAAGACUAACAAACAACAAAGCCAGUUGCUCAUCAGCAAAGACAGUUCCAGCGACAACUGUGCUAUUGAAUGUAGUUUUAGUGAGUUGCUGCUGUGUUUCCAGCAAAAAUUAUGCCACCAACAUGGAUGUUUUUUAGCGAGUCACUGUGGCAUCGAAUGUGGAUGUUUUAUUUAUCAAGUCAUUGCUGUGUUUAUAGCGGUGAGUGUGACACCGGUAUGGGUGUUUUUUAGUCACUUGUUGCUGCAACAGUGCCAACAAAAGUGUUUUUUUUAUUGAGUCGUUGCUGCAUUUCCAGCAGCGAUUGUGCCGCCAAACAUGGGUGUUUUUUAGUGAGUUGUCACUGCAUUGCCAGCAGCGAUUAUGCCACCAAACGUGGGGGUUUCUCAAUGAGUCGUCAUUGCAUGUCCAGCAGUGAUUGUGCCAUAGAACAUGAGUUUUUUAAGCCAAAAAAAUAAUUUCCUAACCAUAACCAAAUGGUUUUUGUGCCUAAAUAUAACCACGUUAACCACAGCAUUGUUGAAAUGUAAAGUUUCAAUGUGUCUGCUACAUAAUAAUGUACAAGUCUAACAUUUUGUCGUUUGCUGAAACGUGCAAUGCCAACAUUUGUUCUGGUGAUUAGGUUGCAAUUCAGCACAACUUUAAAGACUUAAAAAAAAUACCAUUAACAAACAUCCCAAUUUAUCAGUAUGCCUCACCUCUCUGAAGUGCCCUCAUUUCUAUAGAGCAGACAUUUGUUUUCAUAAAGCAGUUUUAAAAUAAAUGGCUUCAGGUGAACUGGUGGCUCACUGGGCUGAGGUGCGUACAUGUAAAUAUGCGGGGUUUAAUGCAGCCCAGGACAUUUGCAACAACCAAGUUCCUCUUUUGCAUGUCUGACCCCGUGUCACAAUUACAAGUAACACAUAAGGCCUGUACGUGUUAAAUUGUGACAAAUACCAAAGGAGAGUUGUUCAGUUUCAUUAGUGUGACCUUCUAGGUAUCUGAGAAGUCUUUAUAUCCUGAGAUUUAAACAGAUUCCACAUCCCCGAUAUUGUGGUGUUGACAUUACACAGUGUUAAGCAUAAGCAAGAUGUCUUUAUUUACCAGUGUCAACACCGGCACUGUUUUGGUCAAUCUUAUCCAUGUUUCCAUGUCUGUCCAUGUUUGUAAAUUAAUUUGAAUAAAAUAAAUGUUUUUGUAAAUCA